AUGGCUCCCUCUUCUCUGCUUUUCUUUUGCUUGGCUACAGUGGUGUAUUUCAUUGAAGCUGCACCAGUGGGAUCCCAUAGUUCCGUUGACUCUAAGUGUCCUCUGAUGGUGAAAGUCCUUGAUGCAGUUCGAGGUAGCCCAGCUACCAGCCUCCCAGUAAAAGUAUUCAAAAAGGGUGAAGAUGGGACUUGGAAGGAGUUUGCUAAUGGGAAAACAAAUGAUUUUGGAGAAAUCCAUGAGCUUACAACAGAUGAAUUCUUUAUAGAAGGCUUGUACAAGGUGGAAUUUGACACUAGCUCAUACUGGAGGGCACUUGGCGUUUCCCCAUUUCAUGAAUAUGCUGAUGUGGUUUUUACUGCUAAUGAUUCUGGUCAUCGUCAUUACACUAUCGCUGCUCUUCUUAGUCCUUUCUCUUAUUCAACCACAGCAGUUGUCAGCGACCCAAAGGAAUGAGACCGUGCAU